GCAAAAUAAGUCACCUUGUGUGUAAUGCUAUAAAGGCUUAGAUUGCUUAUACAUAAUACCGAAUAAUGCGCUGUCUGCGAUUUGCAAAACGCCUGUGAGAGGUGCUGGGUGACAUACUGAAAUCUUUCCUGUAUUUUUUGUUCAAACCUUCACAAAAGCGAAGCGCCAGUUUUAGGCCGCUUAUAAUCAAGCAAAACAGGUAACACACCAGAAUAUUUCCAACAUUAAAAUGUUUACACACAAAAACCGCACUAAUGGCGCAAUUCGUAUUCUACCGCAUGUGUGCUUGCCGCAGACCAUUCCGUUUUCAAGCCUGGAACGCCUCGGCGCGGACAUCGGGGAAGACAACGACGCGCCGAACCCCGACGACGUAGCCGUCGUAAUGUUCACCAGCACGUCACUCGGUGCGCCCAAGGGACUCGUGGCGACGCACAAAAACAUCAUCGCGGCCAUCAACGGUCUCGGCGUCGUUCGCAAGCAGUACUGCGCCGAAGACGACACGUACAUCGCCUACCUUCCCUUGGCGCGCGUGUUCGAACUGGUUCUCGAGUUACUCGUCUUCGGCACCGGCACUCCCAUCGGCUACUCCUCCGCGCUAACCCUAACCGACGCCUCGACGGGAUUGGCUAAGGACUUCCGCGGAGACGCGACGCUCUUGAGGCCAACCCAGAUGGCCGCCGUGCCGAUCAUCAUCGACAGGAUCUGCAAGAGCAUCUCCGGCGCAGUCGCCUCGAAAGGAGUUCUAUUCAAGGAGUUAUUCGAUUACGCCGUACAGUACAAAAACUUCUGGUACGACCACGGCUUCAACACGCCUCUGCUCAACCAUUUCAUCUUCAACGACGUGAGACGUGUACUGGGCUCGCGCCUCAGGGUUCUCGUCUGCGGCUCGGCGCCGCUGUCCCCUCGAACGCGCCGCUUCGCCCGGGCCUGCCUGUGCUGCCACGUGGUCGAGGCGUACGGCACGACCGAGACGUGCGCCGUGGGCACCGUCAGUGACAUCGACGACACCAGCGUGGGUCGAGUGGGCGCCCCAGUUCCGGGCUCCUACAUCCGGCUUGUCGACUGGCACGAGGGCUCCUACUUCGUGUCGGACAAGCCCAACCCGCGAGGCGAGAUUGUCGUCGGUGGUCCGUGCGUCGCGCAGGGCUACUUGAACCGAAAGUUACUCACGCGCACGGCGUUCCGCUACGAAACCGGGGUACGUUGGUUCUACACGGGCGACGUCGGAGAGAUCUUUCCGGACGGCACUCUGAAGAUCAUCGACCGCAAGAAUAAGGAGACGGUCAAACUGCAGUGCGGCGAGAACGCAUCGCUCGUUCACGCCGAGACGGUGCUCAGGAUGUGUCCCCUCGUGGACAACGUACUCGUGCACGGCAGCUCGAUGGACGCGUACCUCGUGGCUCUCGUGGUGCCGAACAAUGACCAACUGCAGAGCCUUGCUCGACGCAUCUACUGGGUGGCGGGAAAAGCGCUCACGUUGAAGGAGCUGUGCGAAGACCGUGAUGUGAUAAGAGCCGCCAGCGAGUUGAUCCGGACGUUCGCGCGCGAGAGCGGCGAGCUGCAAAAGAGCGAAGUUCCGGUCAAAGUGAAGCUCUGCGCCGACGAGUGGCAGCCGGACACGGGACUGGUCACGGCCAUCUUCGAGACGCGCAGGAAGGCGCUUGAAGAUUUCUAUGAGCGCGACAUCAAAGCUCUCUAUGCCACGGCCGAGCACAGUCUAAUUGCCCAGGAGUGACUGAAGGACUUCUUCGAGGGCCGAAAUUCCGACGCACGUACAGCCGUGCCGUGCAUGUGAAAUAAAUAUUCAUAAGCUUUACCAAGUUACGGAUAAAGUUAGCGGGAUUCAGCAGGCUCACUUGGUCAAAAUUCUCUAUGAUAGCUAUACUAAUGAAUUACGA